AUGAAGGCCCCAGCCCCACUGAGCGAGGAAGUUACGCCAUGGCCUGAUCUGGAGUCUCUCCGAGCUGAAAUCCAGCACAAGGAGGGCGAGCUUCUGGCCCUAAAGCGGCGCUUGCAGGCGAUCAUCCGACCAAACUCACCAGCCAGUGUGGAGCGCAGACCUUCGAUCCACGAUGACAGCGAGAAGCCCUUGUCCGUCAUCAUCCCAAUGGGAGGCCUCGGCACUGAAUUUGCAGAAGCUGGCUUCCGCAUGCCCAAACCUUUAGUGAACGUUGUAGGACGCCCUGUCUUGCUGUGGGUGCUGGACCACUUGAGUCUGCGUCCCACAGACUCAGUUUUCUUGGCUGUUCCAGCUGCCAUCAUGCGGCAGUUUGAUCUCGAACGAAUUGUUCGUCGGCUACUUCCUCAGAUCGAAUUCAAGGUUGUGGUCUUGCCUUUUGAAACCCGUGGCUGGCUGGAGACCGUUCUUUCUGUUACCCGGCAAAUGUCGGCCAAAGAAAGCAGGAACGGCCUGGUCACACUGGAUUGUUCUACUAUAUAUCAUGGCGUAGACAUCCUGCACGUGUGCCGCGCCCAUUCUGGCAGCCAUGCAUCGGUGUUUUUUGAUCUGGACAAAGCAUCCGGGCCUGGCGCGAUGCAGCGUGCCACCUUCUCAUACAUCAGGCUGUCUGAGGACAGCAAGAUUCUGGAAGUCAAAGAGAAGUCUAUAAUUUCUUCACAGGCCAACUGCGGCACCUACAUUUUCAGCAACGCUGUCGAGUUCCGAUCUGCUGCUGAGGCCUUGCUCGAGCAUCCGGAGGAAGCGGCAAAGGGUGGGUUGUACGCUUCUAGCCUCAUGUCUUGGAUGAUGGGCCGCGGUGCUGAAUUUGCAGGCAUUCCCGUCCAAUACAACGAUGUUGCCAUAGUGUCGAACCUUGCGCAGCUCCAGGCGUUCAUGCAAAAAGUCUCGUGCGGUCAGGUGCCCAUGGCCAAGAAGAUGCGCUUUUGUUUUGAUCUCGACGGGACGCUGGUCACACAUGCCCCGGACAGUGCAACUCCAUGCCAAUUGCUGGGGUCGGCCGUGGAGUUGCUACGUCAGCUCCACGCAGCAGGGCAUACAAUUAUCAUAACCACUUCCAGGGGGAUGCCACAUGGGGGAGGUGUUGAUCGUGCUAUUGCAACGCAGGGGUAUGAAACUUUCAAGUUGCUAGAGGAGUUUGCCAUACCAUACGACGAGCUCCACUUUGGCAAGCCCCAUGCCGACGUUUAUGUUGAUGCACACGCUAUCAAUUCACAAGGGGAUCUCAAUCGUGACCUCGGCUGGUUUUCGGGCUCUGGCGAGCAAGCUCUUGCAGUGCUGGAUGGUGCAAUCGAUGCGCGCUCCUUUAACAUGGUCAGAUCGGCUGGCAAGUCGCAUGUCAUCAAGUCUUCAAAGUCUGAGGUUCUCAAGGGCGAAUGCCACUGGUACCGAUCGAUUCCUGCAAGUCUUGCGCAGUAUUUCCCGCAGCUGAUCGAAAUUGAAGAAGGUGAUGCAUCGUGUAUUGAUGCGGUAUCGAGUAUCACCAUGGCCAAAGUUGCCGGCGUGACAUUCUCCCACCUUGUGACGGCGAGGUUGCUGCUGCCAGAAUGGGUUCGCCGACUGGUGCGGGCCUUGCGCACUAUCCACACGCAGCAGCCUGAAGAAGGCUCAGCGCUGUCCAGAGAGCGCAGAGCUGGCAAUGCCGACCUGUGUUCCAAUUACGGCUCCAAGGUCAAGAAGAGAACGAUGGAACACAUGACUUUGUACGAGUCAUUGGCAGAUGAUUUGGGGAUAAAUUUCCGGACGAUGUUCGAUGUUUUGAUUGGGUUCCUGGACGAGUUCGAGGCAUCACAAAGGGCACAUCAUGCAUUCUACAUCCAUGGCGACCCCGUGUUUUCCAACAUUCUACGCACAAGCGAUGACAAGAUUGUUAUGAUUGACAUGCGGGGGCAGCUAGGGAAAUGGACAACAACACAGGGAGAUGUUCAUUACGACUUGAGCAAGGUCUUUCAGAGUUUAUGUGGCUAUGACUUCAUGUUGCUUGACCAAGCUCUUGACGAACCUGCUUCUGAGACCUUUGAUGCUUUGAGAGCUGCUUUUUGGGAAGAGGUCAGGCAAAGGUACCCAGAUGUUUCACACCGGCAAGUUCGACUCCUCACGGCUUCCCACUUCUUCACAAUCGUGCCUUUGCACGAGGUGCGCUCCAGAAUGGCACGAUAUUUGCGAACAGCACACUCAAUGUUGCAUGUGGAGGGCUUGCUAUAG